UUGUUGGGUUGGUUCCCUCGGUGGGCCCAGAACAGGAGGUAGCAUUGCUGGGAGGAUGGCAAUGUUAGCGGAUGAUGAUGUUGAUGACACUGCUGGUGUUGGUAGCAGCAACUUCGAUGCUAGCUCCGGGGUGGCCGCAACAGCAGCAGUUCCUCUCAAGCAGACAGCCGAAGAUCAGGAUGUGGUCUAUAACUGCAGGAUGUGCCGGCGCGCCGUGUUCAAUGGCGCGGACAUCGAGAAUCACGAGGCGGCGCAGCACAACUUCCGCCGUCGAAAGUCGAAAAGCGCAACGCCCAAGGGGCCGUGCUCGUCCAUCUUCCUGUCCGAGCCGAAACGGUGGCCAACAAAGGGCGCACGAGACUAGAAAUCGAAGAACGGAGAAAGAGGGACCUAUGAAGUCCUCAAACGUGACAGCAGAUCACAUAGUUAGCCGGGAGGAUGAAGCAGCAGGCAGGGGAGGUGGAAGGAAAGCUGUCUUGCCCGAACAAGGCGUGCGGGGCCCGGCUAGGCUCACUGAAGUGGACGGGGGCGCAGUGUUCAUGCGGGUCGUGGAUUACCCCUGCCAUACAGUUCCCCAGGAAGAACCUCGACGCGCGGCCGAGAAUCUCCACCGGACCCCCGCCCGGCACGGUGGUGCAUCCCUCCCUGCUUGCAGCCGGUGGGGGCGCGACCGGCGCAACUACUGUUGGCGCCACUACCGCUGCUGCGACUGAUGCUCCUUCUACUGCGCCUGUCGGUGCCAUUGCUGGUAGUGUUGUUGGUGUUGGUGGUUGUGGUGGUCACGGAGAGGGUGCGGAGGAAGAGGAGAGAGGUCAUGCGGAAACUAGCCGUCGAUGACAGCAGUAGCGGCGGUUUGUUGGGCAGGGAGAGAGGAGCAGGGGUGACCAAAGCCGUCCGCGUGUGUUUUCUUCGUUCAACGUAGAAGCACGGGCGAGCGUGUAAAUAGGUGUGUGCGGUCUCGAGACAAGAAGAUGAGAAGAUAGAAAUCACAUUCUCCUGAAAGGCCGACACAAAGUAGCAACAAAGAAUCAAGCUGGCCGGAAGGCGAUCGCUUUCACACGUAGCCAGAGGCCUAAACGACCGCCAACUCACACGGUUCCUGCACGUCUGACUCCGGUGGACGGCAGG